AUGAACGCGCCGCGCCCGGCGCCGCCGCCGAAACCGCCGCAGAAGCCCAAGUACGCGCGCGAGGAACCGCUGCCGCCCGGGGUUCGACGCGCGCACGUGCCGCCGACCGCCGCGCCCUCGGACGUGACGUCGCCGGCGAACAUCGCGACGCCGGACGGGCGGCCGAAGCACUUCAGCGAGCUCAGGCAAGCGCAGCACGCGCAGCCGCGGACGACGCCGCUCGCGAGCAGGGACUACGCGCGGUACGCCCCGGGGACGGGGCCGCUGUACGGCGGGCCGUCGUUCCCGGCGCCGAAGGGCGGCAGCGGCGGCGGCGGCGGAGGCGGAGGCGGACACUUGACGAGGACGCCGUCGAAACAACAGAAAGCCGCGGCGGCGGCCAAGGUGGCGGCCAACGCGUCCCUGGCGACGACGCAGACGCUCGUGUUCAGCGCGAUCGUCGCGUCGCUGUCGCUCGCGCCGAUCGCGUACAAGCUGUUCGCCGCGCUCGGUUUAGGGGAUGGCUUUCGCCCCGGUCACGGGCUCACCGCGAGGGAGGCGGCGUCCGCGGCGGCGGCGGCGAUUCGUCGAUGGAAGGACGACGGGGAAGACUUCACGACGCUGCUGACGAUGUACCUCAGCGUGAUCUUCGUGUUGAUGGGCCUCCUCGCGUGCGUGAGACAGUCGAGAGGGCCGAUGGCGCGGUGGCUGAUUCGCGUCAGGCUCGCGGUGGGCGUGACGAAGACGCAGGCGCACGUCGCCGUCGUCGUCGUCGCCGUCGUCGUCGGCGUCUUCGGCGGCGUCGUGUCGAUCGCCGCGGGGAACGCGAUCACGCAGAUGCUGACGGGGAACCACGUGAAGACGUUCGCGCUGAGCGCGACGGCGGCGGCGGUGUCGUGCUGGUAUCACGAGCGACGGAAGCGGGGACGGGAGAUCGUCAAACGCGGCGUCUGCGCGCUGUACGACGCGGAGAAGGAUAAGAAGGCGCUCGAGAGAAUCAUGGGCAAGUUUAAUCGCGCGCGGGAUAAGAACGCGUUCGCGAUGGGGAACGCGUGCGCGCCGACGUGGGCGCGGUUCGCGUACGACGAGAAGGUCAAAUUUCUGAACGACUUUCUCGGGAGGAUGUGGCCGCACGUGAACCGAGCGGUGAGCGACAUGCUCACGAAGAUGCUCGAUCCGCUCCUGGAGACGUACCGGCCGUCGAUACUGUCGAAGGUCUUCUUGGAUCAGUUCGACCUCGGGGACGAGAGCAUUCAGAUAUCGCGCGUGUCGUUCGUCGGCUUGCGCUCGGACGACAUGGGCCUCUCGUUGGAUUUCAACGUCCAGUGGAACGGCAACUCGAAGAUCAUGAUCGCGGCGACGACGCACAUCGGGACCGCGAUCAAGAUUGGCGUGAAAGAUCUCGAGAUGUACGCCAGCGUGCGCGUGACGCUGCAGCCGUUCGUUCCGACGUUCACGCCGUUCGCGGGAAUGACCAUCUCGCUCACGGAGAAGCCGAAGUUUGACUUUGACCUGGAGCUCCCGCUAGGUCUGGAAGGGCGGAUGAGCACGAAGAUUCAAAACUGGCUCGAGGGGUUCCUCUCGGACGUCUUAGGGAAUAGCAUGGUGUGGCCGGAGCGAAUCAACGUCCCGCUCGCGUUCGACAACCAGGAGAUCACGCUGAAGAACGGCGAGACGAUGCCGUACAAGAAGUACUACGAAAACGUCAUGGUGAACAAGAUCACGGGGAUCGUCGUCGUCGCCGCGCGGCACGCCACGGACGUCCCGUCCGUGGACAUGUUCUCGCCCUCGGACCCGUACCUGUCGUUCCAGCUGCGAGGAAAGAACAAGAUCUUCACGAAAGUCGUGGACAACGAUGCGAACCCGGUGUGGAACGAGCAGCAUUUCAUGCUCGUGGACGACGUCAACGCGAGAAAGUUGAAAGUCGACGUCAUGGACGACGACGCGAACGGGCUCGGGAACGACGACGACUGCAUCGGAUCCACGACCGUCGCGCUCGACGCGCUGGAGCCGCAAGUCACGAUGUCGUUCACGGUCGCGUUCCCGGAGACGGCGAAGAUCAACGCGAAGAAAGGGCUGAAGCCCAUGACGGUCACUCUGGAUUUGACGUACGUUCCCUUCGACAUCGCCGGCGGCGAGGGCUCCGCGGCGGAGGAGUGGUUCCGAGGCUGGGGGAUGCUCACGGUGAAGCUCAUCAGCGGUAAGGAUCUGAAAGUGGGCGAUUACAACGGCUUCAGCGACCCGUACUGCAAGCUCGCGAUGGAGAAGGCGGAGCUGAACGUCGAGGACCCUCAGCGUUCCUCCGCGGACGCGCCGGGGGAGGGGGGCAAAGCGUCGACGAAGCGCAAGAAGGGCUCGUCGAAGAGGCCGGAGUUCAUCCGGCACAAGAGCAAGGUGAUCCAGAAGACGUUGGACCCGGAGUGGGGCGAGGAGUUCGAGUUCGUCGGCGUCCUCGAGCGGACGCCGCUCAUCGUGGAGUGCUUCGACCGGGACGUGAUGCUCCUGAAAAAGGCGCGUUCUAUACACUGGUCCCCAUACGACCCCGUCGGCGUGGUGAACGCCGAUCCUUAA